AUGGGUUCUAAAAUGAACGCCACCACUCGUGGAACUCGGAGCUCAAUGUCCAUUGUAGUUGUGGUUGGUCUGUGUUGCUUCUUCUACGUUCUUGGUGCCUGGCAAAGGAGUGGGUUUGGAAAGGGCGACAGUAUAGCACUGAAAAUUACAAGAGAAACAGACUGCAGUGUACUGCCUAAUUUGAGUUUUGAGACUCAUCACACUAGUGAUUCUUCUCUUGUUGAUCAUUCCGAAUCAAAGGGUAAAGUUUUUAAGCCAUGUGCUUCUCAGUAUACAGACCAUACUCCUUGUCAAGAUCAGAAGCGAGCAAUGACCUUUCCAAGAGAAAACAUGGUUUAUAGGGAAAGACAUUGCCCUCCACAGAGUGAGAAAUUACAUUGCCUUAUUCCAGCACCCAAAGGUUACGUGACUCCUUUUCCUUGGCCCAAGAGUCGCGAUUAUGUACCAUAUGCAAAUGUUCCAUAUAAGAGCUUGACAGUUGAGAAAGCAGUCCAGAACUGGGUUCAUUUUGAAGGUAAUGUGUUCAAAUUCCCAGGAGGAGGAACUAUGUUUCCUCAAGGAGCUGAUGCAUAUAUUGAUGAGCUUGCAUCAGUAAUUCCGAUUUCUGAUGGGACAGUCAGAACUGCGUUGGAUACAGGUUGUGGGGUAUGCUCAGCGCUGGAAAUCUAAAAUUCAUUACCUUCAGUCAGUAAUUGUCAUUCUAUCUCAUUCAUUAGGCUUACAUCUUGUUUAUAUAUGCAUAUACACGAACCUAGUCUCUGUUCAUUGGUUAUAUGUAUUAGUUUUAUAGCUUUUUCUUUAAAACUUUCUGCUCACAUGAUCCUCUGAAUACAGGUUGCUAGCUGGGGAGCCUACAUGCUAAAGAGAAAUGUUCUUGCUAUGUCUUUUGCACCAAGGGAUUCACAUGAAGCCCAGGUGCAGUUUGCCUUGGAACGUGGUGUUCCUGCAGUUAUCGGGGUGCUAGGAACUAUACAUCUUCCCUAUCCAUCCAGGGCAUUCGACAUGGCUCAGUGCUCUCGCUGUUUAAUCCCUUGGACAUCCAAUGGUGUGUCUUUGUUAGAACUAGUGCAAAAAAUAAACUCGCUUAGAAUCAUGUGUACUUUAUGGUCUCAGUGAUAGGUGUUAUCCAGUGUUUUCGUUCUCUUGUUUUUGAUUUAUCUCACAGAAUGUAAAUUAAUUGUUGCAGGUGGUAUGUACAUGAUAGAGGUUGAUCGUGUACUCAGACCUGGUGGCUACUGGGUUUUAUCUGGCCCUCCAAUUAAUUGGAAGACGUACUACAGGACUUGGAACCGGACAAAGGAGGAUCUCCAGAAGGAACAGAAUAGGAUCGAGGAAUUGGCUGAACUUCUGUGCUGGGAAAAGAAGUAUGAGAAAGGAGAUAUUGCUAUCUGGAGAAAGAAAAUAAAUUAUAGAUUAUGCCAGAAGAGAACUGAUGUAAUGCCGAUAAAGAUGUGUGCUGCUGAAAAGGAUGAUGAUGUCUGGUAACCUUCUACUAUUUUUAUUAAAAUUUAUGUGUCUCCUUUAGCAUUGAAUUUAGGUAUAUUUUGGGAGUGUUUUAAAAAUAUUUACUACAGGUAUUCGGAGCCUAAGGUUGGGCUCCAUUUUUCCAGUGAUUGUCAUGGUUCUCUUGAAAUUGAACUUUCUAAUGUUUGAGCAGAAAACGACGUUAUAGCAUAAGAUGCACUUGUUACAUUAUUAUGAGCAUUAAGGUGAUUUGAAUCUAGCCAAUGACGAAUAAAACUACGGGCUUCUUUUUUCCUUCUUCUGUUGAAGAAAUUUCUUCUGUUUGCGACUAGUUAAUGAAUUUGAUUAGCUUUCAUUUUUAUCAUUUCAUUAGUUGUCUGACUGUCUCUAUACGACUGAUAACCCAGUAUUUAAUUUAUGGAGUAGAAAUUUAGACUCGUGUUGAGUGGUCCUUGUUUGGAGGUAUGUAUGUUCUGUUUUGGACAUCCACCUCCACUCUCGCCCCACCCUGAGGGGAAAGCUCAAGCCGACCAUUGGUUGGAUGUCAUUAAACCAUUGUGAAGCUCUAUUUCAAUCAUUUAUAAUGUUUUUUUGGCCUGAAAUUUUUAUUAUGAACAGAUGCUGCAUUUAUAACCUUUAGCUUUUGUUUUCUAAUUCUUAUGUGGUUUAGACAUUUUAAAUCUGUCAAAGUGAACUGGUUCUGGCCGAUUUUGAAUGGCCAGUUUUUUGCUUCCUUUGGAUUUGAUUUUAGGUUUUUUAACUCGACUAUUAGCAAUUCGAGAAGGCUAAAUGAAUACCCAUUUUAUUGAAGAUAGGAGAGCAAAACCUGAUUUGCUCAGCUUACUUGAGGUUAAGGUUUGAGAUCCGAGAAUGAAGAAUUUUUAGUUUGCUAAAAGAAAGUGACUUCAAAGACCUCGUUGUGUUGAGAAAUGAGAAAAUAGUUUAUGUUCUUAAUAUCACCUUGAGUUUUGCUAAGCAGAGAAACCCACAUAUACUUGGAAGAAAAGAAGAUACUGUCCUUGGCAAGGUUGACUGAUUUAAUAUCACCUUGAGCUUUAUUAAGUGGAGAAACAGAUUCAAAUUUUAGUGGGGCCAUCUGCACUUGAGUCAUAUGAAUUUAUAUUUUUGCUUCUUUUAAAGCCAUAGAUUAUCUUUGAAAAGAUUUGAUUUCAUGACUCUAUCAAUCUAACAGAGAUUAUGAUUAUGAAAAAACUGAAGCCUUAAGUUGGAUUGAUUAAAAAAACCUUGGUCUUUCCUUCUAACGGGGGAGCAUUUUGAUUAUGAAUUAAAGUUACUCUGAAAAUUUUUCAUGGACGAUUGAAAGAUAAAUUAGAUCGUAGAUCUGUAAAUUUCAUAAUAAAACUCAAUUUGUGGUAGUUGUCUUCAUUGUCUUUGUUAUGAGAUACGCAAGAAGAAGAAACAGUUUCUAGAAGCUUUUAAGGAUUUGACUGUCACUGACCUGCAAAGUGCGGUGCCAUCCAAACUAUGUGGUCUAAUGUUCUUCAUGUGAAGGCAUAUUUUUUUUUGGAAAGGAUUUGGGGAAAGAAGUUCCCCCGUUUUCUUUUUUUCAUCAUGGCUUGGUGGUAUACAGUAAAUAAGCAUCUUUGUCUUUCUAACUAAGGUUUCCAAUAUGCUGUUUCAUCACCUUCUGACACAAUACGAAUAAUUUGCUGCAAGAUAUCACUGUAAAAGAGCAGUUAUCAGUGGGUAACUUGCUGUUAUGUUUUCUGUCCACAGUUGACUGCCUAUAAUAAUGAUUUCCUCUGUAUAGACAAGCAUAGGAUGAAUCUGCUAACUGGAAAGGUGACAGAUGAGAAUGAGUAAAGUAGUGUGGAAAGCCUGUUAGGCACAAUGGGCAUUCCAAGGAAUGUAGGUACAGUCAGACGAUGGGGCUAGCAUUAUCCCAUUAUAUAUUCUAGGCAUAUAUUCCGUUCCUCUAUUAGGUUGCAAAGAGGUCAUUUGGAUGCAGGAAGUGCACAAGCAUUUGUCCUUAAACACAAUGUGCAAGGCUAUGAUCCUGAUCCCUUGCCAUGAGCAUGAGAGCUCAUGGAACUGAUUCAAGCAGCGAUGUUGAGUGCAAACCUUGCAUGUCUUGAACUUAUAAGGCUUAUAAGCUCAUUGGCAAAAAUAGAUCCCUUAGUUUCUCUAUGUGAGUCUGUUUGAUGUCUUGAGAAAAAGGAUCUACAAGGUUUGGAGACAGCCCUAUGAUGCUCGAUCGCCAGACUUUUGACGGAUGAAAUAACUGCUAUGAAAUUUGGCAAAUGGUGAGUGAGACUGUCCUGUAAAUCUCGAGUGUAAGAACAGCGAAGUGAAUAAUGAACUGAGAAAAAAUUUAGAUGAUCAUUAGUGUGGCAGGUCCUUGGUUGUGCCAGUGCCCAAAUGGCUCUCUCUCUCUCUCUCUCUCUCUCUCUCUCUCUCUCUCUCUGUGGCGCUUUCGCUCUCAGAGCUUGUAUGGCAGGCUCAGAUCUCCUUCUGUCGCUCUCUCUUUCUCUGAGGUUCCAUGAUAUUUAUUACAUCACUGGCUUAUGCUCACUUGAAAAUAAUGAAAACCGAAUAAAACACUCCACUAAGUGAAGUUCGGCCAAUGUUUAUUCAAAGAGAAGAAAAAAACCUGAUGUGAACCAGUUUGAUGCUUCCUGAACCAGUUUGAUAUUUCCACUAAAGUUAUUCAUGAGAUUAACUUAUUUUCGUAAUUCAAAAUGCUUCGUUGACUUCCAUUAAUGAAACCUGUCUCCUUUGUUUUUUUGUUUCAGGUAUAAGAAGAUGCAGACGUGCAGAUCACCUGCCCCAGAGGUUAAGAAUCCUGAAGAAGUAGCUGGGGGAAAACUGAAGAAGUUUCCGGAAAGAUUAUUUUCUGUUCCUCCCCGGAUCGCUGAUGGCUAUGUUAAUGGGGUCACAAUCAAAUCUUUUGAAGAGGACACCAAAUUGUGGAAGAAGCAUGUGAAUACUUAUAAGAGGAUAAACAAAUUCAUUGGUUCAGUGAGAUAUCGAAAUAUAAUGGACAUGAAUGCCGGUUUCGGUGGUUUUGCUGCGGCAAUGGAGUCUUCCAAGUCAUGGGUGAUGAAUGUUGUUCCGACGAUUUCUCCAAAGGAUACCUUAGGAAUUGUCUAUGAACGGGGCUUGAUUGGCAUAUAUCAUGACUGGUAUUCUCUCUGCACAUUCAUCCCUAGUUAAAUGGACUGCUCAACUUCACUUUUCUUAUUUUAAUUCAUACAUUAGUUAAUUCUCUUUGAUAAUAUAAUAUCAGUUUGCUAUUAAUUUUAUGUCUGCGUGAUUUUAAGCAUCCAAAAUCAAUUCAUUGCUAUAAGUUAUUUUUGAUUUUAUCACUGGCUUUUAAAUUAUUUUUGAAAAGAAAUUGUUGAAUUAUGAGACUCUCCGUAGGUUCACCUUUUGAUGGAGGAUCCUCACAGGCAUAUUGUAGGAGUAACCAUUGCCAAUAUUCAUUUAAAUAUUAUCCUCUGUCACACAGGGCAUCAAACUCCCUGUUGACCACAUUUCAGGCGUUUCCUUGGCUAUCCUGACACUUUGGUAUCUUAAUGUAUGUCCCGGUAGAGAUUAUUCCCUCCAUCUCCACCUUCAUAUGAACAUUAGAGGUCAUGAAGACCCUGAUGUUCAUCAGAGAAACAUCCGUUAUCUGAACGACCUUUAGGAAGAGGAUUCUGCUUACACUUUGGUUCCACCUCACUAGAUGAAGACAAGAGUCGAGGUUUCAUUACUAGUUAUUUAAAGGCUGUAUGUGAAAAAUAAAGGCUAAUUUUCACAUAUAUAAAUAUAUAUAUGCAUCUAACGAUGCGCAUGAUAGAAUAGAAUCUACUAAACCGUGCCCAAAAUUGUUGAAUGAGGUGGCAAUUGACUGAUAUAUAAUUUCAAGUCAGGCAUCUACAGGUAACCAACAGAAUACAAGUGUAAAAAUUCCUAAAACUCCUGGAGGAUAAUCUCUAGGAUUUCUCAGUUCUCUGCUCUUUGUUUCAUUAUAUCUAUUGUUUAUCCCCUUUUUUUCUUAAUUUUCCUGUCAUGGCAGCCCAGCUCUGUAGCCCUUUCCUCAACCGGACAUUUACCUUUUCUCAGCAGACUUGCUGUAUCUUUUUUCAAGUAUUUAUUUUCUGCGAGGAAAGAAAAAACAUGAUCCUGCCAUUCUUCUCCCAAUCUACUAACCAUUCUCAGUGGCAGCCAUUCAAUCCCAUUCAACUGCAAUUUUUAUAGGUUAUCUUGGGUAUCAAUUCUAGUGAGGGACUGAACUCCGAUUUCUUCAGAACAUAUUGCCCAUGUAUUUUCCUUUUUUAACCAUGGAAAAACCGAAACAAAUGCUUGGAUUUUCUCUGUUGUUUGAUUUUCUGCCAUGGAUGUCCAGGUGUGAAGCAUUCUCAACGUACCCGAGAACGUAUGACCUCAUUCAUGCAAGCGGUGUCUUCAGCCUGUAUCAGAACAAGUACGCCUUCUUCCCUUUUUAUCCCAGACACUGAUAUUAGAGCUAUUUUUGUAAGAUUCACGUUCAAUGAUUAUGCUUAUAGCCGUUACUAAUUUAGAGUGAAUAAUUUUAAAAUAAAAUGCUAAUAUUUUAGCAUCAUGUUGGCUUUAUUUACCGGGAUAGGCUCAUUACCCAUUUACUUUUAUAUUACAUAGUUUUGAAACUAAUACUAAUUAACUAAUUGUUAAUAAAUUAAAAUGAAAUAUGCCAGCCAAGCUGAAUUCCUUUUUAUUUUCAGAUAAUUUUGGAAUAAAUCAUUAGAAUGAAGGUAAUAAAAGCAUCUCUAGUUAACAGUUAAUAAAUUAAACGAACUGAUUUCAUCUUUUAUCUUCACAUCAACGAGCAGGUGUGGAAUGGAAGAUAUGCUCCUGGAGAUGGACCGCAUUCUGCGCCCUGAGGGCACAGUCAUAUUCCGAGAUGGCGUUGACAUUCUCAACAAGGUCAGGAAGACCGUCAGCGGCAUGAGGUGGAGUGUGAAGCUGGAAAACCACGAGGAUGGGCCCCUCGUGCCCGAGAAGAUCCUCGUUGCCGUCAAACAGUAUUGGGUUGGAGAUGGCAGCAGCUAA